GAAGCUCUCUGCUCUGGCCUCGGGUGUUGCUCUUCGGCGACUCCAUCACCCAGCGGGAACAGUGCUCUGUGUCCCACGCGGAGCUUCCUGGGGCGUCACCUUGCACAGAUCACGGCGGCGCCGGAAACACUUCCUGAAGUUUCGUACCUCCCAUUCCAUGCGGAAAACACUCUCAACCCCCGUGCUUCCUCUGAUGGAACAUCUCGCCGCUGUCUUGAAUGAGAUGCCGCCAAGUGAUACCGACCAGGGUUCUUGGCCUUCCCAAUCAGUAGAAAUGGAUAAGAGGCCGGGCCAGAAAUUCAGGCAGGGCUUGACUGGGGCUCCUGGAGCGAAAACAAGUAACAGGUUCCCUUGCUCGCUACCCGCCGCCUAAGAGGGGCCGAGCGGAGGGGGGGCGAGCUCGUCCCUUACAUGGAGUGAGGGUAGGGGUGUGUCCAGGGGUCGGGCGGAGGGGCGGCUGAGGUGUUUCGCCCACCCCCUGGCGGUGUUGAGCGCAGGGGGCACGCGCAGGACCCUGCUUUGGCUCCCGACAGACACCCUGCUUUGGCUCUUCAGAAGUGGUAGUUGGGGUUUUUGGCCUUUUUUGUGUCUUGUCCAUAAUUUGCCCCAGCUGCGCAGGGACGCAGUUAUUUUUAGUCCCUUAGCGUUUCUUUGUAUUCUGUUGCUGAAGGAGGAGAUGUAGGUCCAGGGGCAAGCGCUGCAGCUGAGGGCCCCAGGUCCCAGAUCACCUUUUCACCCAAGAUUACUUCAACUUUCAUCCAAGGAAAAAUAGGUGUUCUUACUUCAGGGAGGGAGUACAUUUUAAAAAUUACCUUCCCGUGGUGUUUUUCGUUUUGUUUUGUUUUAUCUUCUUCUUACAUUCAGACGUGACUUCCUAAACCAGUUUUCUGUGUGUAUGCCAAUAAUUGGUAACAUUAUUUUUAGGCAUCUAGGGCAGUAAGGACUCUCCAAGUUCAAUGGGAAUGUAUAUCAAAAAAUAAUCACCCUGAGUUCUGUAAUUAAUUUCUUUAUUCUUUCAGCUAUGAAGAGGUAGUGUGUGGAUUUCACUUCCUAACAACAUACAGUUGAUUUCAUCUCUUGUACCUAGAUUUAAGCAGCUUUUCUAGAUAACAGUGAGUCUAAUAUAGGUCUCAGUAAAAUGCAGGUGAUUGGCUCAAGUCCAAUUGACAGGGAAGAAAACUACCUCUUGCUUCCAGAGUGCUGCGGAGGCGUACGGCAUAGUGAUCCCUAAAACGACCUCAGAGCACAGCAGAUGGUGAAGGCCAAGAAGUCGGGGAGUGCAAAGAGAAAACAAGAGGGGAGGUGCUGAGCAAUAUGUCCUAAUUACAUUGAUAAAGAGUAAUGGCUUUUCUUUCUUCAGUUUUCUUUCCAGCAGGGUGGAUGGGGAGCGUCACUGGCUGACAAGCUGGUCAGGUGAGAAUAGUUUCUAGAUUCCUCCUUGAGUGUUUAUUGAUGGAGAAGAGAGUGAAUGAUGCAGUUUGAAACAGUAAGUUCCUCCUUUUUUUUGUCUUUGCAGGCCUUUCCUAGUUAGUGUAUAUAAGGGGUUGGGGGAGAGAAGGGCAGCACUCAGGUUCAGUUAAAACUUUGCCACCUCAUGAAACCAAACCCUAAAAGUUGUAAAAUAUAUUAGGGGCUUGGAUCCAAAAAUACAGCUAUUCACUACCUAAACAAGACAAGUUCUUUUUCAGUUAUGGUGGGUACGAUUUAAAUAAUUAGCAAGGAGUUCAACUGAAAGGAUACAAAAUAUAUUCUAAAACCAAAGUUGGAUUCAUUUUUGGAUAGAGAUUUUCCCCCCAGAUUCUCUUUAUAAAAGAUAUCAGAUAUAUAAAAUAAAUAAUAAAAGAUAUCAGAUAUAUAAAAAAUAUUUUAAAGUAUAUCAGAUUAAUAAAAAGUGAUGAUUUUGGUAUUCCAUUUGCUAAAUGGAAAUCAUUAAAAGGGAAACAGUGUUCCAGUUCAGGUGCCAGAGACUUUAAAAUACUUCAUGUUUACUGUCUCAUUUAAUUUCUACAACUGCCCAGUAAUACAACGAUUUAUCAUCCUCCUAUCCAUCUUAUAGCUGAGAAAAAUAAGGUGGAGAGAGGUAGAUAACAGUCACACCACUAAGAAGUGUCAGGUGGCCUGGCCCCAGAGCCCAGGAUCCUCCGGCCCUGGGGAUGACAGGGGCCCUGCUCUCCUGUCGGAGGGUGGGUCAGCUGCUGUGCGCUGCUUAGCCCGUGAGAAGUGCUCGAUAAGUACUGGCUCUUUUUUUUUUUAAAUAAUUCAGUACCUGUUUAAUUAGUCCAUUAACCUUUUCUGAUCAAAUAGAAGAUACGGAAAAGCUAAAUAAUUAUUCAAAUGGCCUGAAAAACUGCAGGCAUUGCAAAUGUUUCUCCAGUACAUAAUAAUGUUAGUACUAAAAUCUUGUCAGAAUUGAUUGUUUACAGGUGUGAUUGCUAGAAGACCAUUUAAUUAGCACGUAGUUAUUUGAGAGUAAUUAUAGGAAAAGAUGAAGCUGUAGACAGUGUGUGGUCUGUUAGGCCUUAUCUGUGUCACUCUUACAAGCAUCUUGUGACAGCAGGCGCAGAACCGAGCGGCCACCGGGAGGCCUCAGCGGGGUGAGUCCGGCUCCCCUCUCCUGGGCUCACUGCCCUCGGCCAAGCCCGCGAGAGCCCGCUGUGAACCAGAGGGGCACCGCGGCCCGGGAGCUAGAACCCAGGCAGAGCGGGCUCCUCCCGUCCACCAGGCAGGCCCACGGGACAAAGCAGGAGGCCGUGGCGGGAGGGGUGCGCGGCACAGGGACCGCGGCUCCGGCCCAGCCUCCCUUUCUGUGCCGGUAGCGCCGCCCUUUGUCCCACACCGACCGCUGCCCUUCGGAGGAACGCGGUCUUAAGCCACGUUGACGCUUGGGGUGAAUCUUUUGCAGACCCAGACCCCCCAGUCUGCUUCAGCCACGUGCAAGGCCCAGAGCUGACUUGAUUCAGUGUUUUAAUUUCACCUGACUUCCAAGUUUGAAGGUUAUUAAGAGUCACCUUACUGUGACUGCCCUUCUGUACUGCCUACGUGGAUAGCAAUAAAUUUAAAAUAUGUAAUUGUGUCCCAUAGUGACGUCCUUAAGUUUUAGCUUUAAAUAAGAUCUUUGUAUACUCAGUACAAAAAGCAUUUUAACCAUUCUUAAAUCCACUUAAAUGCUUUUAAUUUACUGAUACAGUUUCAUCAAUCUUUUUUUAGCUUUACCCAAGUAUUUCUUUAACCAAAAAUACUUGGUUUGAAAGGUUAGAAAAAACUCACCUUUUUCAGUUUUUAAAAGCUUCUGCUGUUUGCUUUUAAAGAUAUGCUCUUGCCUGUUGUCAUUUAUAAAAACCUAACUUACAUUUUUUCUGGAAGGCAAUCAAUCUUACAGAGCCUGGAUGUUUUGGAAGGAAUCUUUUAGUUAAUUCCUAUCCCUUUCCCAACUUCAUCUGAACUUAAAUACCUGUUAUUAGCCAAGAAUUCGUGUAAAAACCUUUCUUAAUUUUCCAGUUUCUUCCAGCCUUUUGAAUAACUUGGGCACUAUUGAUUAUGUUAUUCGAUCCAGAGAAAUUCAGAUAUUCUUCCCCUUUCAGAAGGGAAACUGUAACAGUUCCAACCAUCGGCCUCACUAGCAGUUUUUUUGGUUCACGGCCUUAUAAUAAUGAUAUAUAUAUAUUUUUUUUUUUAAAUCUAUAAUGGCUGGCAUUUAUUGAGCUCCUUGUACGUAUCUGGCCACUACUUUACUUUUAAUCUUCACAUAUCCUAGCAGAUUGGGUAUCAGUGUUCAUCUCUCACAGCUGGGAAGACUGAGGCACGGAGAAAUUAAGUUGUCACGGCCUCCUUGCCAGUCGAGGGCGUCGAGAUCCAGGCCCCGGCUGCUCUGCGUCACUGACACAGCAUACAGGCCUCAGGGAGGGAGCUGUUCUGCCUCUUGCUUUUUAAAGUGCUGCCGUGCGUGACUGAACCACUGGAUGGAUGUAAGGCAGACCUGUCAAAGUUCUAGAGUGUUCCAUUUUAAAGCAUUCUAAGUGGAGGCUUUAAAAUGGCUAGUCAGCAUUUUGUAAUCAUUACAUACUAAAAACACAAGAACGGCACUUAGACAUAAAUGUGGCUGAAGUAUUCUCCUGCUCCCAAGGCUUGUAAACGCUGAGAGCUUUCCGGGCAGCGUCACACCAGAGUCCCUUCCUGCCGCUCUUUGGCCUCUGGUGCUUGGCCUUUGGCCUGCAGUUAUUUACUGGUGCCCUAGCUUCUCUGCUUAGUUGCUUAUAUGUAGGAAUUUGAACCGUACACCAGAAUUAACCACAUCAAUUUGCUAACCAUCAACUGAAGUCUGAGAUUCAUUGGGAGAAAAAUGUUUUUUAGUGGACAACUUGAAACAUCUACAAACCUACCCAAAGUCGCAGCUACUCAGCGCUGGAGCUGGGAUUCUAAUGCAGGCAGCCAGCUCAAUUUCCGUGGUUUGUUUUUUUCAGUAUACCGUGCAGUACUGUGAAUCAAAGCAUAUAUUUUUAAGCAGGAAUAAAAUGCCCGUUAACAAACUGGUUUAAACUGAAACGCAACUGAUACAUAUUUACUAAAACUACGGAAUCAGAACCACCGGGAAAUAAUGAGAACCGUGUGUCAGUGUCGUUUGUCACCUGUGACAAAUGCACCCACUGCUGGGUGGUGUACGGCGUCGGGGGGUGGGGCUGGGGGUAUCGGGGAAAUCUGUACCUUCUGCUUGGUUUCUCCCUAACCCUAAAUCUCCCCUUAAAAACAGCCUGUAAAAUAAGUCCCAGGAAUUCCGUGUACACUUAUCCCGUUAGAGUUCCAGCCUAUUCGUGCCUUUCUCCCUUUGAUACCUGUCUGCUGUAAACUCCAUUUGAAAAGUACCCCACUGACCAUGCAUGAAAUCAGCUAGUCUGCAUGGCCCCUUUGUUCAUUAUUAUUCAUAGCCUCUCUCAUCGAGGAAUGGGAUGGAUUCGCUACAUCUUGGAACCAUGAAGGAGACGAACAUGCCUCAACUCUGCUGCUGCUCUGAUCUUACCAAAGUGACACCUGGGCAGCGGCAGGGCCGUGGCAUACCCUCCCACACGGAAGAAAAUGCGAUGUUCUGAAUCGUGGAUUUUCGGGUUACAAUACCAGAUGGGCGAAAAUUAUCCUCCCGAGGCUAAUCAGGAAGGGGAACGGUUUGGACAGCCCAGUAGCAGUUACAAUUUUCUUUGGUGCCAAUGACAGUGCGCUAAAAGAGGAGAACCCCAAGCAGCACAUCCCCCUGGAGGAGUACGCAGCGAACCUGACGAGCAUGGUACGGUACCUGCAGUCCGCGGACGUGCCGGAGAGCAGGCUCAUCCUCAUCACUCCGCCGCCGCUCUGUGAGGCCGCGUGGGGACAGGAGUGCCUCAGGCAAGGGUGCAAAUUAAAUCGCCUCAACUCGGUCGUUGGUGAAUAUGCCAGGGCCUGCUUACAAGUAGCCCAAGACUGUGGGAUUGAUGCACUUGACCUGUGGACCCUGAUGCAGCAGGACAGUCAGGACUUUUCUUCCUAUUUGUCAGAUGGACUACAUUUAUCACCAAAAGGAAAUGAGUUUUUGUUCUCCCAUCUUUGGCCUUUGAUAGAGAAGAAAGUCUCUUCCCUGCCUUUGCUGCUCCCUUACUGGCGAGACAUCGCAGAAGCAAAACCAGCACUAAGUCUUCUGGGAGAUGGGGACCACUAGUCACAGAAAACCACGUCCAGCCGUUAGUCUACAGAACAGGAAGUCGCCAGUGCACAGAGGCCCCAAGAUAAGAGGUCAGAGAAGAUUCUUUUCUCAAGUUUCAUGACCCUGCAAUAAAAAUCACUAACAAACAUCUGCCACCAAGAUUAGUAAAAGCAUUGGAAUUUUUCAGGACAGCUUUGUACCUAGGUACAUCGUGGUUUGAUAAUAAAUAUUUAUUGAUUGA